AAAAAAUUAUUUUUGGUUGCAAGAGUCAAUUACAAUCAUUUUUGGUGAAUAUACGUCCCUAAUUAAAAUUUAGUCAUUUUUUUAGAUUAUGUGUUAUAAUUUAAUCGAUGUUUAGAACACACGUGUGCAUUCCAACGCACAGUUUCACAGCUUCAAAACGCAUCAGAAUGAUAAGCUGUCGCAAGGCAGAUGGCGUUGCAGGUGACUGAUCAGUCAUAGAAAUUAGAAUGUCAGUUUCCAGUCAGGUUCAGUUAGACGUAGAACGUAGAGAUCUAGUGUUGUUUAACUACUAGAGAGCUAGUAGUGUUUUAAAAUGGUCGGUGAUUCGUGCAGUUGAAUGUGUUUUACAAUUAUAUGAGAACGGAUACAGGUAAAAUGACUUCGAUUGUGCAAGAAGACAACGAAUUAAAGAGGUUACUUAGUAAUCCAGCGAAAAAUGUUGGCGAAGAAACUUCGAUGGCUCCGCCACAGACGACUAAUGUUCCCCGGCCGAGUACGUCGCAAAAUGUCAAUCCACAGUUAAUGAUAAAUCCUAUGACUCCAGCCAACAGUACAAAAGAAGUUAUAGAACCGUGUUUACAGAAUGUAGUUUCUACUGUCAAUUUAGGUAUGGAAUUAGCACUUAUGUAUAUUAAUACUAGGACAAGGAAUUCAGAGUAUAAUCCAGCAAGAUUUACUGGCUUGAUUAUGAGAAUACGAAAUCCUAGAGCCACUGCAUUGAUCUUUCAUUCUGGAAAAGUAGUGUGCACUGGGGCAAGGUGCGAGGAGGAUUCUUAUUUAGCGACAAGAAAAUUUGCUCGGAUAAUUCAGAAGUUAGGAUUUCCAGUAAAAUUUUAUAACUUUAAAAUACAAAAUAUAGUCGCCACGUGUGACUUGAAGUUUCCAAUUAAAUUGGAAAACUUAAAUCAUAUACAUGGGCAGUUUUCUAGUUACGAACCUGAACUUUAUCCUGGCCUUAUAUAUAGAAUGGUAUCUCCAAGAGUGGUUUUACUUAUAUUCGUAAAUGGAAAAAUUGUAUUGACAGGAGCUAAGAAUCGGACUGACCUGCAAGACGCACUGAGCAAUAUAUAUCCAAUACUGAAAAGUUUUAGGAAACAAUAACAGUAUUUUUUGCAUUUAGAGCUUUUUUACGAUUAUGUAUAUAUAUAUAUAUAUAUAUAUUACAUGAGACCGGCUGAAGUUCAACAGCUGUUCGAUGUUUUCAUCAAUUCUUUGAAUACAUGAAUUGUUAAGGUGAUCUAAG